GUUAGAGAAGCCGGUGGUUAUGUAGUGACAUUUCGUGCGUCCAAGAUUUUAAGAUGGUUGUGAUUGUUUAAUUAGCUCUAGCACUUCGAAAAGGAAAUAUUCUACAGCACGGGGCUUUUUUAAACUACUGAUCAUGUCACAGCAUAGAUAUUCUAUAUUUGUAAAUCCAGGAUAGGCGAAGUGGGUUUCCUUAUGUAGCCUAAUCAAGGCUAGGCUACCUUCAGUAGGACUGUUGCUGUCCCAACAUCCUCUGUCCCGAGUUUGAAAGUUGCGAGAAGAUGGCGGCGGCCGAUUCCCUACAGGGAGACACCAGGAGUCUCAUGGUGUGUGAGCGUCUGGGCCUGGGCCAGAACCUGGACCUGUCGGACACCAUGGUGCAGCAGAGACUGGAGGAGAUCAAAGACCAGAUCAAGAGGGAGAUCCGCAAGGAGCUGAAGAUCAAGGAGGGGGCGGAGAACCUGCGCAGGGUCACCACCGAUAAGAAGAGCCUGGCCUACGUGGACAACCUGCUGAAGAAGUCCAACAAGAAGCUGGAGGAACUCCACCACGAACUGCAGGAGCUCAACGCCCACAUUGUGGUGAAGGACCCAGAAGACCUGCCAGAUUCAAUGUGCCAGGAUAACCCAGACACCCCCUGCAGCGAGUCGAAGAUGAGCAGCAGUAGAUUAGCGGCCCUGAAGAAACAGAACGACAUCGAGUUGAAAGUGAAACAAGGGGCGGAAAACAUGAUCCAAAUGUAUUCCAACGGAUCCUCCAAGGAUCGAAAGCUGCUAGCAACCGCCCAGCAGAUGCUCCAGGACAGCAAGACGAAGAUCGAGUUUAUCAGGAUGCAGAUUCUCAAAGCCAGCCAGAACAACGACAUGGCCUUUGAGAACAGUGAUGUCUCUGUGGCCAAACCCAUGGCGAGUGCUCUGGACAUGAGGUUGGAGGAGUUGCGACAUCACUUCCGGAUCGAGUCUGCUGUCGCAGAAGGUGCCAGAAACGUCAUGAAGCUGCUGGGUUCUGGCAAGAUCACAGAGAAGAAGGCUUAUUCUGAGGCCCAGACCCAGUUUAUCGAGUCCAGCCAGAAGCUGGACCUCCUCAAGCUCUCCCUGGAGCAGAGGCUGAGCGAACUGCCCAAGAACCAUCCCAAGAGCUCCCUCAUCAUGGAGGAGCUGGAGCUGGUGGUGUCUCCCGCCCUCAGCCCGCGCCACAGCGUUUACUCUGCCAACAACCAGUACAGCACAGUCACCAAGCCGGCAGCGCUAACAGGCACCCUGGAGGUGAGGCUGAUGGGGUGCCAGGACCUCCUGGAGAGCGUGCCCGGUCGCUCCAAAGCCACGUCCACUUCCCUCCCCGGUUGGAGCCCCUCCGACCGCUCCUCCCUGCUGAGCCGCGCCAACAAAACCAGGGGGGUCAGCGCCCGCGCCCUCUCCAAGUCUGACGACCUAUCCAAUGAGAUCAGCGCUGUCCUGAAGCUAGACAACGCCAUGGUGGGACAGACCAGCUGGAGACCAGCUAGUAACCAGGCCUGGGACCAGAAGUUCACACUGGAACUGGACAGGUCCCGUGAGCUGGAGAUCGCUGUGUACUGGAAGGACUGGAGAUACUUGUGCGCUGUCAAGUUCCUCCGGCUAGAAGACUUUCUGGAUAACCAGCGUCAUGGCAUGUGUCUCUACCUGGAGCCCCAGGGCAAACUCUUUGCUGAGGUGACGUUUUUCAACCCUGUCAUCGAGAGGAGACCGAAGCUACAAAGGCAAAAGAAAAUCUUCUCAAAACAACAAGGUAAGACCUUCCUGCGGGCUCCCCAGAUGAACAUCAACAUAGCCACCUGGGGUCGUCUGGUGAGGAGGGCCAUCCCGUCCGUCAACAGCUCCUUCAGCCCUCAGGGCACGGAGCUGACCUCUGACCUGGGCCCUGAAACGUACACCGAGCUAGCCCCCCAGCCCGGCUCCAUCAGUGAUUCAACGGUGUCCAGACUGGACUAUGACGAAGAUCUCUUUACUCCCUUGAAGCGACACUCUAUGGCUCUGGAUAUCACAGAGCUUCUGGAGACGCCAGUGUUGGGGAGAAAAACUGAGGAAGGACAGGAAGUUCAGGCUGCUCUGUCUACAUUUGACUUCCUGAAUGACAGUAGGAACAGCGUGGUGGGCCAAUCAGAUCUGGACCAGGAAGUGGAGCCGCCAUCCGAACGCGAGCCCCCCGUUACCCAGCACACCACAGAAACGAGACCAGAGUCCCAGUUCAGUUUGGAGGACUUCAGAUGUUUGUCCGUUUUAGGCCGGGGGCACUUCGGCAAGGUGCUUUUGUCAGAGUACAAAAGCACAGGGGAGAUGUUCGCCAUUAAAGCCUUGAAGAAAGGGGACAUUGUGUCACGUGAUGAGGUGGACAGCCUCAUGUGUGAGAAGAGGAUCUUUGAGACGGUGAACAGCAUCCACCACCCAUUCCUGGUCAACCUCUUUGCCUGCUUCCAGACCAGCGAGCAUGUGUGCUUCGUCAUGGAGUACGCGGCGGGCGGAGACCUGAUGAUGCACAUCCACGCCGACGUGUUCUCCGAACCCCGGGCGGUGUUCUACGCUGGCUGUGUCGUCCUCGGAUUACAGUAUCUUCACGACCAUAAGAUUGUUUACAGAGACCUGAAGCUUGAUAACUUGUUGCUGGACACAGAAGGCUAUGUGAAGAUCGCCGACUUUGGCCUUUGCAAAGAAGGGAUGGGCUUUCAAGACCGGACUAGUACAUUCUGCGGCACACCAGAGUUCCUUGCUCCGGAGGUGCUGACGGAGACGUCAUACACGCGGGCUGUGGACUGGUGGGGCCUGGGGGUGCUCAUCUUUGAGAUGCUGGUUGGGGAGUCUCCUUUCCCAGGGGACGAUGAAGAAGAAGUAUUUGACAGCAUCGUCAACGAUGAAGUUCGCUACCCCAGAUUCCUCACCACGGAAGCUAUCUCUAUUAUGAGACGGCUUUUGAGAAGAAACCCGGAGAGACGUCUCGGGGCGGGCGAGCGAGACGCAGAGGAGGUCAAAAAGCAUCCUUUCUUCCGAAACAUGGACUGGGACGGCCUGCUCGCCAAGAAGGUCCGCCCACCUUUUGUCCCCACCAUCAAGGGCAGGGAAGACGUCAGCAACUUUGAUGAGGAGUUCACCUCGGAGGCUCCCGUCCUGACCCCGCCCAGGGAGCCCAGGGCUCUGACGUCCAGCGAACAGGAAAUGUUUGAUGACUUUGACUACAUUGCAGACUGGUGUUAAGCCCUCCGCCCAGCCACCCUGCGCCCUCCUCGACACUGUGAACGGCACCAGAGCAGCAGCAGCACCCAGCAGAUACGAAACAAUGACAGCACCCGUGGUUGGGUCCUGCUAUGCUGCUGUCUGUGCCAUAAGGGAUUUAAACAGAUUUUUUUUCCAGAAAGUUUUGACAUCAAAAAGG